AGAGGCUUCAGCUCUCAGAGGAGCAAACUGUAAAAACGUUGUAAGGUGUUUUUGCAGGGAUGAUCUUCACAGCAGAGCAGAUAAUUUGCAUGUGUGAGGUUUUGCUGCGGGGCAGUCACAUUGAUCGUCUCGCCAGUUUCCUCUGCACUCUUCCUCCUUCCUCGUGCCUCGGGGAGCUGGAGAGCGUGCUGAAAGCCAAAGCAGCAGUGGCCUUUCACCAGGGGCGCUUUUCAGACCUCUACACCCUGCUGGAGGGCUUCCCCUUCUCCCCAUGCAGCCAUCUGUUCCUGCAGCAGCUCUGGCUGCAAGCCCACUACGCCGAGGCUGAGAGGCAGAGGGGUCGGCCCCUGGGGGCCGUGGGGAAGUACCGCGUCAGGAGGAAGUUUCCUUUGCCCCAAACCAUUUGGGACGGAGAGGAGACCAGUUACUGUUUCAAGGAGAAGUCCCGGAGUAUACUCAAGGCGUGGUACCACAGAAAGCCUUAUCCUUCCACUCAGGAGAAAAGGGAGCUGGCAGCGGCUACGGGCCUCACCUCCACCCAGGUCAGCAACUGGUUCAAGAACCGCAGGCAGAGAGACCGAACCUCAGAUGUGACCAGUUCCCAAACUCCACUUGCUGAAGGACCUUCAGGAGAAGUCUACCUGUCCUCUGAGAGUGAAGUUUCUCCUCAAGGCAGCCCACAACCUCAGAGACACCGCCCGACACCUCCACCUUUGUGUCAUCCUCCUCCUCCUCUCCAUCACAUGUGCCAUAACUGUUAAACUUUUAUUCACAAACAAAACAAGGAACAGACAUAGUACAAGGACGUACACUAAACCCAACACAAGACAGACAAUUAAAAUCGGCAACAUUAAAUAUGAUUCCUAUGGGCUGAUGUGUUUAUACACAGCAACAGAAUACUAUAACAAACCGGAUGUUGAGCUCAUUUCAAGGACAAUGCUGGUGAAAUAUUCGACAUGAGCAAAGUGUAACUUGUUGACUUCAGAUGGUAGAAAUAAAUAAAUAAAAUGAUCUGAA